AUGGCAGCCGCUUCCAAGUCCUCGAUCUUCUUUCUUUUUGCUGUCUUCCUUGGUGUCUCAUUUUCCAAUGUGGAGGUUGGAAUGGCGGCUCGUCAACUUCUCUCAGCCAAAGGCGUGCCGGUCCCUGCUGGCGUUCCUGUGUUAGUUCCAUCCGUAGCAGGUGUUCCCGGCGUCGCUGGAGUUCCAGUUCCAUCCCUAGCCGGCGUUCCAUCUUCCGUUCCAUCCCCAACUGGCGUUCCGGCUUCCGUUCCAUCCCCAGCCGGCGUUCCAUCUUCUGUUCCAUCCCCAGCUAGAGUUCCGGCUUCAGUUCCAUCCCCAGCAGGCGUUCCGGUUUCAGUUCCAUCGCCAGCAGGCGUUCCGACCUCCGUUCCAACCCCAGCAGGCGUUCCGGCUUCAGUUCCAUCCCCAGUCAGUGUUCCAUCAUCUGUUCCAUCCCCAGCUGGCGUUCCGGCUUCCGUUCCAACCCCAGCCGGCGUUCCAUCCCCAGCUGGCGUUCCGGCUUCCGUUCCAUCCCCAGCCGGCGUUCCAUCUUCUGUUCCAUCCCCAGCUAGAGUUCCGGCUUCAGUUCCAUCCCCAGCAGGCGUUCCAGCUUCCGUUCCAUCCCCAGCAGGAGUUCCGGCUUCAGUUCCAUCCCCAGCAGGCGUUCCAUCUUCCGUUCCAUCUCUGGCAGGCGUUCCGGCUUCCGUUCCAUCCCCAGUAGGCGUUCCGGUUUCAGUUCCAUCGCCAUCAGGUGUUCCGGUCUCCGUUCCAACCCCAGCAGGCGUUCCGGCUUCAGUUCCAUCCCUAGUGAGUGUUCCAUCAUCUGUUCCAUCCCCAGCUGGCGUUCCGGCUUCCGUUCCAACCCCAGCCGGCGUUCCAUCUUCCGUUCCAUCCCCAGCUGGCGUUCCGGCUUCCGUUCCAUCCCUAGCAGGCGUUCCAUCUUCCGUUCCCUCCCCAGUAGGCGUUCCGGUUUCAGUUCCAUCGCCAGCAGGCGUUCCGGCUUCCGUUCCAUCCCCAGUAGGCGUUCCGGCUUCAGUUCCAUCCCCAGCCGGCGUUCCGUCUUCCGUUCCAUCCACACCCGGUGUAAGCCGCCUUGCAGGUGUUCCGGCUUCAGUUCCAUCCGCACCUGGAGUUGAUGGCGUUCCAGCUUCUGUUCCAUCUCCAGCGGGCGUUCCUGCUUUAGUUCCAUCCCCAGCAGGCGUUCCCACUUCUGUUCCAUCCCCAGCCGGUGUUCCAUCCCCAGCCAACGUUCCAUCUUCCGUUCCAUCCCCAGUCAACGUUCCCUCUUCGGUUCCAUCCCCAGUCAGCGUUCAAUCUUCUGUUCCAUCCCCAGCUGGCGUUCCUUCUUCAGUCCCGACCCCAGCAGGCGUUCCGUCUUCCGUUCCAACCCCAGCAGGCGUUCCGGCUUCAGUUCCAUCCGCACCCGUGCGGGCUAAUCCAUCGCCCGCAAACUAA